GACAUUCGAAUAACAGGUUUCUCUCUCUCUCGUUUCUACUAUCCUUCAGGCUUUCGGCUACAAGGCAACACGUGCAAACUCCAUUCCCACAAACACACACAGACAGACGCAGGCUCAAAAUAACAGAUUUUUUUUUCCUCUUGUCAGAUUUGUCGUAACGGGAAGAAGAAAAGAAGCGGAGUUUUUUUGCAGAAGCAUGCAGACAUAUUCGUGUUCUGCGGAGCAUCGGACCAUACCCAUCACCUUCGACCCAGUCACCUCCACCCCUUAUUCAUGGACGCAUGGAAACGAAGAAACCACCAACUUUUGUCUGACGUGUUUCCGGGACUCUCUUCAACCGAAUGCGUCGUCUCCUCCACCCUCGCUAGCCGAUGUCCUGCACAGUACGGUGGCGGUCAUGACAGGACUGACUCAGCAGUGCCCUUCAGACAUUCAGAAGAUUAACUGCAGCACGCACAACGCAGUUCAGCGACGGUGGCUGUUACGCACACUCGACCCAUCCCUUGGUGCGGCCGGCCGCUUCUCAGAAAAUGAUGCCGUAUCGAGCCAACAAAACGUUGGGGAUCUGUUGGCAAACAUCAUGGCUUUACUCUAUCGCUACCUGGUGAACUACACUGACGCUGCAACCCGCAACGGCUGCCGCACCGUUUUUGUGGAGCUCGUGGUCUUCGUGUUCGCUGGAUGGGAGCUGCUGCUCUUCGCAGAUGACGCACAUCAACCUACGCGUCAGUACUUGCCGCAGCGCUCGUCACCGUUACCGGCGCAAACGCAUGCACCUGUGUUACUCGGCGAGGGAAAUGCAUUGUCAUUCUCUAUUGGCCGCGAUAAAUCGUACGACGAUGCUGCCCAACGCGAAUCGCACAUCCUAGACCUGGUGGAGACUAACGGCGAAGCGGGUGUCUUUCUAUCUCCCAUUCACUAUUCUGCGAUCUUUCAAGCAGUGAGCAAGGUAGCUGGAUGCUUUAUCGAUGUGAUUAUUGAGCUCACUUCGCUUCCGAACGCCGGUGAAGCACCACGCGACGGAGACGAGCAGCAACAGCGGCAGUGGAGGUACUUCGUAGCGGCAUCUUUACUCCGCAAGGUGGUCCGUCAAUCGCCCCUGUUCCGUCGCGUGAUGCGGAUCUAUGGUCACGUCUGCGCGGUGGUCCGGCGGGCACUUCCCUCGUUCAUUGAACUCGCUGAACGCGGGCUUUCUCCCCAUGCAAGAAAGCGACGACGAGAUGGAGGUAGCGUAGUUGGAUCUGACACGGCAGCGGGCGAGAGUCACUCUUCCCUCGCAUUGCACCUGCUUUUAGAGGCGAUAUCGACAGUUCUCUUUGAGCAAAAGGACCACCCAGCCCCGCAGUACCGUACUGACAUGCAUUUCAUCGCCUCCCCGACUUCAUGGAACGCAUCUGCGCCAUCAGACGGCACGAUUCUUCUUUCGUCGCUGACUCGCUUGUUGAAGCUGCCGUUACUGCCGCCACGGCUGACACCUCUGGUACUGACCAUGUUGCGAGAGUUUCUUCGUUUGCCGGAGACUCGUAAGGGUCUUCUGCAGUGGUCUUGCGGUGACAUCAUCACUACGGCCGCCUCCGCAGACCACCGAGAACCACAGGAGGAGGCAGAACUGCUGCAAGGAGAAGGUACAGAACUGUUGACACAUUACGCUGGUUCCCCCUCGCCUCGCCUCCCCGUCGAUCUCGCCGUCAUCCUCGCCCCUCUUUUGCUACAUCACACCGGCGAGGUGGUGGGUCUCACCUGUGCGGUCGUGACGGUGUUGCUGGACGGCCCGAUCACCGACGACAGAAGCGUCGCCGCGGCGAGCUGCGCUGCCUCUGUCGCCGUCGCACGGCACGUGGAGAACUACGUUGUGCACGCUGUUGAAACCACAACAAAUGAGACACGUGAUUUGUGUGCGGCGCUGGUGAACUUGCUGGAGCUGGUGGCGACGAUACUGGAAGCCGCAGAAGCAGCAACAGCGGUGGAGGCGGAGGAGGAGGAGGAGCAGGCGGCGCUCUGUGGGACCUUCUCAUCCCUGGCAUGUCAGAGACCGUCAGAUAAAGGAGCAGUGAUGCGAGCAGAUGCUAUGCAGAGGGGCAGCGACAUGUCAGCGCGCUGGCGCGUUGUCUUUCACGUCGCGCACAUCGACAUGAGACUGUUUGAGCAGCUCGUCUGCGGCGCCGUCUUUCGACGUGCGACCCGCUCGCCGCGGAUUUGGCACCCCGAUGGGCCACAGGGGAUGGUCAAGGACGAUGACGCAGACAGGGGUGUCGACUGGAACAGUGUGGUGGCGUACGCGAUCAGCAGUUUGCUGGAUCGCCCGUUGGAGGUUGUGGCAGCAGCCGCAGCAGCCGCACCACCUACGGCGACGGCCCCCGCGCUGACUCUCUUUGCCUACCUCUGCUUCCUCAACGCGCUGGCGACGAGCAUGGGAGCUGCCGUGCAAGCCAUCUGGCCAAACAACCUGAUGCGCGUUGUGAACGCCAUAACGGAGCGUGUGGACAAAAAGUGUGCGGGUACCGCUGUCGUCGGUAGCGCUGAUGCUCUGGUGCCCCUGAGCCGUGUACUACAGCCUCGUACACAUCUGCUGCUCAUUCGUGUCGUCGCGGCCUUUCUUCCCUACACAAAAACUGCACUACACCACGUGGCGCUGCUGUUGUUGAACGACCUCGUGCACUCGCACGGGCUCGCCUCGGCGCGGUCGUCGGAGCUGAUGGUGCGCAGCACGUUCCACUGGGCAACAGCGUCAGAGACGGAAGAGGAGGCGGAGUGCCGCUGUCUUCUCUCUAUUGCGACCCAUCUGUUUCAGAGUCACAAUGCGCUAACAGGCUCUUCUCGAUGGUCCAGUGACGGUGUCAACAGCGGCAACGAAACCUGCCCUUGCUGUAGGUACCACGAUGCAUGCGAAGGAAGCGCGGCGAAGGAGUUUGCCUUUCUUCACAGGCUGUGUGCGCCACCCCCAGAAAUCACAGCACGCAAUCUCCUGGAUGUCCUGCUGGGCCUCCACCCAGAGUCUACGUUGUUGCUCGAUGCUCGUGCAAGCUUCGUUCAAACUAUCAUGGGGCACGCGCCGCUUUUGACUCCAUUGUCGGAUGCGGGGGCAGAGGCGGCGGACAGAAUGCACGGCGGCGAUCCUUUGGCUUUCAUUUCGGUAACCACCGUAGCUCAGUUAGUUGAAGUGGCGGAUGUCGACGUUAAAGCGGAGCUGCUCCUCGGCCUCAGUAACUGGGUGCGUGCGUCCUGUGUGGGAGAGGGCACCGUGAAGGGGAUCGUGAAGGAAGCCGUAGAGUUCCUUGUUGACCAGGCAGGGGAGGCAGUGCAGCGAGUAUCUGGCGCAUCGACUGGCAUCUCUGAAAAGUCGAAUGAUAGGCUUGCUUUACUGAAAUUCCAUCACGAAAACGACAGCGAUGAGGGCGAUGAGAUCGACGGAGUAGCAUCGUCGUCGCACGCUAGCGUGAAGCACGAAAGUGUCUGCCGCGCACUGCAGCGCCUUCUUUCCGUUGUCGCAGUCUGCCUCCGCUGGUAUGGCGCGGCGCCGGAUGACGAGCGGAUUUCUUUUGCGCUUCGUGGUAGUGGUGAUCAUAUUUCUGCUGUCGACGGGAACGAGGUGCUCCGGUUGCGGGCCCUGAUGCUUUAUGCGGAGGAGUCCUUUACGUUUCGGCAUGGAUUGUGCCACUUUCUGUUUGCGGUGGCGUCUCGUCAUCACGUCAACGUGCACCGGCUUCUGGUCUUUCUGAAUCGGCGAUGCGGUUACCCGCGCUCGCAGGCCGCAAAUGACCAUCCACUGUUGUUCCCUGGACUCGGAGCUGUGGUGAUGCUCGGCGUUCUUCUGCAUCUCUCCGAGGUGGAGGCUAACAGCACGGAAGCGAAGCAGGCACCAAAAGAUCCCUUUAUCGAUUUUCUACACGACACUGCGGCGUCCCACUGGCUUACUUCAAUCUUUACGGCGCGGUGCGACGCUGAGGAAGAGGAGAAUCUCACCAGUACGCCUCGUGUGAAUAACGUGUGCUGUGGUGAUCUGCACUUUGAUAUUCCUUGUGAUUGGAUGGGCCCGCUCGCGUUGGCCGUGUUUCCUGGACAACUGCUUCUAGCUUCACUGUUUCGCUGCGCACGCGCCGCGGAUGCCUACCGUACCGCUUCGAGUGACGAGGAAAUCGAAGGCAUCGAAACCCCGCAGUCGAGAGAGAGUUCCCUUCUCCCAGACGACUUCCAUGACGAAGGGACAGGAGCGACGGUGAGCGGCCUUGACUACAUCUUCACCGAGGCGCAGCAUCAGGUGCAGCAGCAUCGUCGCAGCAGCCAGCUAGCUGGGAAAGCAUCAGAUCCGACUCUCCUGCGCGCCGGGAGCGUGCGGUACACGGCAGAGAGCCGACGCCUUUUCUUCAAGUCCCUUUUGUCGCAGCACCUCACUCCCUUCAUUGCCGCGUCGCUGCGUGCUCCUGCUACGCCAUCCGUGCGUGUCGCAGCGACAGACCCGUGCACUGCCCACAUCCUCCGUCUUGCGUGCAUUUCUCUGUGGUUCCUCACCUCCACCGAGGCCAGCGAGUGCGACGCCGUAUUGACGCAAUACGCCUUGCGACACGUGCGUCUCUGUCUGUGUCUCACAGAAGCAGAAGUAAAAAACAGCUACGUUGCCGUGUCGAAUUCGGGAAAGGAAAGUGCUGCAGACGGUGAUGGGGGUGGUGCGGGUCGUGUCGCACGCGUGCGCGGCCUCCCACGCCUCAGCUUGCUGGUGCUGCAGCUUCUGUACCUGCUGCUCAUGCGCAGCAACCGAUCUGCCGUCGCAACCGCGGACAGAGACGCCAUCGUCAUGUUUCUGUCCGCCGCCAAGGACGCAUCAGCAAGUGCAGGUGCCUGGUCGAAGGAAGGCAACGUCGAGGUGCACGUGAUGGCGGCGAUGGUGGAGGUACACAUGCGGCGCCUUCCUGACGAGCGGAGCCUCUGCGCAAAUGAAGCGGAGUCGCUUUGGUGUGACUAUAUCAACCUGCUUGCUUUUCGAAAGCAGCCGUCGAAUUUCAUUGGCUCCGUUGCCCACCGCCGGCGUGUGUGGGUGCUCCUCGCCGGGGUCGAGGGUGUGCUGCGACUGCACCCCGGUAGGAAGUCUCCCGUCUUUCUUAACGAUUCAGCGUCGGUGCUGGGUGCGUGCAGUGACCGGAGUCCACCGCGCGGCGACGUCGACGACGCGGAGCGGGUCCCCGUGUUGCUCCUCUUUGAUUGGUGCCAUGACAUUCUCAUCCCUGCCGCUUCCACCACCACUUUUUUUGCUGAGCCGCACAACAACGACUUGAUGGCGAGCGAGGAGGCGCCGGAGGUGAUGGUAGUGGCGGCUCGCAUUGUGUACCUGUUGCUGCACCGCUGUCCGUCUUUGAUAGCGGCCCAGGGUGGGCUGGAUGACUUCCUGGACUCCUACUGCUCUGGCGUGGCUGCCGUGAGCGACCACCAUUCAUUUCCUUCGCCGCAGCACCUCGUGGCGGAAGGUUGGGUGCUGGCUGCGCUGUUGGGCGUCGUGUUGUGCUUUCCGCAUUGGCAUGUGCACGUGCGCACGAUGGAGCUGCAGGUGGUGUGCUUCCUGCGGCGGCCAGAGGUCUCGCAGCUGCUGCAACGGCCCGAGGCUGCACCAGAUGGCCUGUCUCUUGCUGCGCCUUCUCGCCCAGGCGUGGUCACCGACGAGUUGAAAGGCGAAGUUGCCGGAGGCGACGCGCCGCUGCCAAGCCUGGAACUGCGACUUGUCGUUCUCACGUUGAUUGAUGUAAUUCGCACGUAUGAACGGAGGGUGGCACGCAAUGGUCGGCUGUCCCCCAUCUCACGUGGACCUCUGCUACCUGUCGGAAGCUACGUGCCGUCCGCCCCUGCGGUGGAUCACGUGAGUUCUACUCGGUGGUGGACACCCUACGCCAUUCCCACUACAGAAAGGAGCAGCAAGGAGGGCAUCCCUCUGCUCCUCAUCUUCAAUCAAUUGCUGUGUUGA